UCUGUCAGAGAGAUUUUAAUUCCUUAUAUUGUUUUAAACUUUUAAUUAUAUUUGAGAUAUAUUUUAUACUAAUAACUUGAUAUAUUCGAAAAUAUUUACAGACAAUUCAAAAACUAAAAUUUGAACUUCAAUAUUCAGUUAUAACCAGAAACAUAGCUCGAAGAGAAAAUGAGACCUUACGCUUUCAACUGUUUUAAAAUGAUGUUGUUACUCUUGUUCUUCAUAUUCUGGAGCCAACAAACUGUGAAGACUGAGCCAGCUCGUCGAAAAGUCUUCCAAAGUUGCGACCAGACGGUCUUCAUCAAGUACAUCACAAAAAUUUGCAGCCUGGUAGCAAAGAGAAGUGUCGAAGAUGAGGAGAGCUGGCUAGGGGGAAACGUUGUUAGCCCUACCAUGCCAGUAGUAACUGAGUCGGUCGAACCAGUCAAGUCGAGACGCGUCAAAAGAUGGUGGAGGCAUUCAAGAUGUGCUGUCUGGAGGGCUGCCCCAUCCGCUCCCUCCUUGAACACUGUGAUGCAUGAAGAUAAAAAGACCCCAUUCUGUAUCUGAAUUAAACUUUUAAAAGAUUAAAUUUUUCAAUAUUAAACCAUCUUAGUUUUAAAUAUGUGUAAAUUAAUUUACAAAAUAUGAAUAUCUAUCAAUAUCAGCAUGGAAGCCUACCGUGUUGUGCAAUAUAUGUCAUUGUAAAGUAGAAAUAAUUAUGUCAAAUUAUCCGUCUAUUCAUUUUAACCGAUGGUUGUGAAUUGUUGUGAGUUUCAUUUUUGCUGCAUCUGAUCUUUUGAAAAUUGAUUGAUUCCGAUUGCUUUCAGAUAAAUAUUUUUCCUUAUUAUAUACAUCCUUACAAUUGUUAUAAUUUUAUAUAAUUGUUUUUAAGUUAUAUCAUCCAUUUGUUUUUUUAAUCUUUGAUUUUAUCUGAAAAUGCUACUUUGGGCUUUUAAUAAAAAUGCUUGAUUUUAAACAGGAAUACAUUAAAAAAAAUAU